AUGGAAGUUACUGGUCCUUGUGAUGGAAAUAAGUCGGGAGCUUCCAAAAUCUUGUAUAAGGAUUCGCUUCUCACCGUGGCGGGCUCUAUCAUUGAGGAUGAGUAUGUUGACAUGGAAGAGGUUAAUGAAGACAUUCUGGAUCCAGAGAAUAGAUGGUACCAAGAUACGAAUAAAGACACCCAUGAAGAAGAACCGUUCAAUCCUUGUCCCACCAUUCCUAUUUCGAAGGAAGAGUUCGAUGAGUGGUGUAAACCAUGGAGAUCCGCACUCUAUGUCAAGCUUUUGGGAAAAAGAAUUGGCUUAGGAUUUAUGGAACAGCGUUUAAAGAGAGACUGGGGUAAGAAAGGCUCUAUUAAUGUUAUUGAUAUGGAUCGUGAUUAUUUUUUUGUUCAUUUUGUAGAUGCGGAAGACUACUCUCAUGCUUUAAUGGAAGGACCUUGGAUGAUUGCCGGACACUAUCUCAUUGUGCAAAGAUGGCGACCUUUUUUCUUAGAAUCUGAGAAAGCAGUGAGAAAAAUUGCUGCCUGGAUUCGGAUACCAAACCUCCCUAUUGAGCUCUAUAACCAUAAAUUUCUAUGGAGAGUUGGGUCUACUAUUGGCCACAUGCUCAAAACUGACCGGUCAACCUCAAUCCAUUCAAGAGGACGCUUUGCUAGGAUUUGUGUCGAAAUUGAUCUUGCCAAAAAACUUGUCCUUAGGAUCUCGGUUCUUGGAUCAGAACUCUAUAUUGAAUAUGAACGACUGCACCAAAUUUGCUUCUCCUGCGGCAAGUAUGGUCACAGGUCUGAUUUGUGCACUGAUGAGCCGGUGGAAAAGACGGCGGGCCAGAAAGCCGGCGCGGAAGGGAACACUAUGGCUUUCGAAGACCCACCAUCCGUCGAGACUGAGAACCAAAAUGGAAAGAAUCAAGAUUCUAGCGGUGGUAAUCAAGGGAAUCAAAUUUUCCCUGAUUUUGGGCCAUGGAUGUUAGUUAAACGUAACUUUAGGCGGAAAAAGGGCAUGAAUAAUCAAGGGAACAUUGGAGGCAUGAUUGGUCAAGAUCUACCUAAUAAUCAAGAAAGAGAAUAUGAUGAAGAUAUGCCCACCAAUGCUAAUGGCUCACGUUUUAUUACUUUGAAUGAGGAAGGAAUGAAUUCUUCGGCCAAUAAUUCCAUGCAAAGGCCUUGA